AUCCCCCUCUUCCUUCCCCUUCUGGAGCAGCACUUCGGGCUCCGAGGGGCUCUCCUGCCGGCGUUGGGUGUCUUCUUCUAGCCGCUGUCCCCCUUCUGCCGGCGCCCCUCCCGUCUGGGCUCCGGCGGGGAUGGGCUUCGCGCUGGACCGCUUCUCGGGGGAGGUGGACCCGGACCUGAAGUGCGGCCUGUGCCAGAAGGUGCUGGAGGACCCGCUGAGCACCCCCUGCGGCCACGUCUUCUGCGCGGGCUGCCUGCUGCCCUGGGUGGUCCAGCGGGGCUCCUGCCCGGCCCAGAGCCCCGGCCCCAGCAGCGGGCCCUGCCGCCGCCGCCUCUCGGCCAAGGAGCUCAACCACGUCCUGCCGCUCAAGAGCCUGAUCCUCAAGCUGGACAUCAAGUGCGGGCACCGGGAGCGCGGCUGCAGCCAGGCCGUCCAGCUCCAGCACCUGGCCCUCCACGCCCAGAGCUGCCCCUUCGCCCCCGCCCGAUGCCCGCACCCGGGAUGCCCCCAGCCCGAACUCAACCGCGGCGAGCUGGAGGACCACGUCCGCCUGGCCUGCCCGGCUCGCCCCGCCGGCCUCUGCCAGCAGGGAUGCGGCCUGGCCCUCACCCGCCGCGAGCGCGACGCCGGCUCCCACGCCUGCCUGCCGGCCCUGCAGGCCCACAGCGCCGCCCUGCAGGCCCAGCUCCAGGCCCUGGAGAAGGAGCUCAAGCGGGAGGCCGCGCGGGCCGGCAAGCGGGAGAAGGCCCUCCUGGCCCAGCUGGCCUCCCUCCAGCUCGAGCUCCAGGUGACGGCCCUCCGCUACCAGAAGAAGUUCACCCACUACAGCGCCCGCCUCGACGCCCUCGGAAGGAGCCUCCUCCACGCCGCCCACGGCCCCGGCAAGGGUGAAGAGACUAAACCGCUGACUCUUGUUCUUCAUCGGGAUUCUGGGUCUCUUGGAUUUAAUAUAAUUGGUGGCCGGCCAUGUAUGGACAAUCAAGAUGGCCCAUCCAGUGAAGGAAUUUUUGUCUCUAAAAUAGCUGACAGUGGGCCUGCUGCCAAAGAAGGAGGACUGCAGAUUCAUGACAGGAUUAUUGAAGUAAAUGGGAAGGAUUUGUCUAAAGCAACUCAUGAUCAAGCAGUAGAAGCAUUCAAAACAGCUAAAGAUCCCAUUGUGGUCCAGGUCCUCAGGAGAGCACCACGCACCAAGAUCUUCAGCCCAUCUCAUGAAUGUCUCUUGGUAGAUGCGGGCACCCAAACUGAGAUCACCUUUGAACACAUCAUGGCUCUAACCAAGAUGGGCUCACCUACCCCACCUGUUUUGGAUUCAUAUCUGUUACCUGAGGAGCAUUCAUCAGGGCAUGAAUACUAUGACCCAAAUGAUUACAUGGGAGGCAUUCAUCAAGACAUGGACAGAGAAGAGCUAGAAUUAGAGGAAGUGGAUUUGCAUCGAGUGAACAGCCAGGACAAGUUUGGGCUUACCGUGUGCUACAGAACUGAUGACGAAGAUGAUAUUGGCAUCUAUAUCAGUGAGAUCGAUCCCAACAGCAUUGCUGCAAAGGAUGGCCGCAUCAGAGAAGGAGAUCGUAUCAUUCAAAUUAAUGGUAUUGAGAUCCAAAAUCGAGAGGAAGCUGUGGCACUCCUUACCAGUGAAGAAAGCAAAAAUGUCUCCUUACUCAUAGCAAGACCAGAAAUUCUCCAGCUGGAUGACGGAUGGAUGGAUGAUGACAGAAAUGAUUUCCUGGAUGAUUUGCACAUGGACAUGCUGGAGGAACAGCACCAUCAGGCAAUGCAGUUUACUGCCAGCAUGCUUCAACAGAAGAAGAAAAAUGAAGAAGAUGGAGGAACCACAGAUACUGCAACAAUUUUAUCAAACCAGCAUGAGAAAGACAGUGGUGUAGGGCGUACUGAUGAAAGUACUCGAAAUGACGAAAGCUCAGAGCAAGAGAAUAAUGCUGAUGACCACACUACCUCAUCCAACACUUUAGGGAGUCAGAAGAAGCUUACAUACAGCCAUGACACUCUGGGAAGUGGCGACAUGCAAUUCAGCAAUGAGUCAUUUAUUUCUGCUGACUGUACAGAUGCAGACUUCCUCGGCAUCCCAGUGGAUGAGUGUGAGAGAUUCCGAGAACUGCUGGAACUGAAAUGCCAGGUGAAGUCUGCAAACCCUUAUGGUAUAUACUGUCACAACAGUACUCUGGAUAUGAGCAAAAGUGACCAUGAAAGUGUGGACAGGGAGCUGGAAAUGUUGAAUGAAGAGCUGCGCAGCAUUGAGUUGGAGUGUCUCAACAUUGUGAGGGCCCACAAGAUGCAACAACUGAAAGAACAGUACAGGGAACCAUGGAUGCUUCACAACAGUGGAUUCCGCAACUACAACACAAGCAUUGAUGUCCGCCGACAUGAGCUCUCAGAUAUUACUGAGCUUCCUGAGAAAUCAGACAAGGACAGCUCCAGUGCUUACAAUACAGGGGAAAGCUGUCGAAGCACACCUCUCACACUGGAGAUCUCACCCAACAACUCUCUCUGCAGGACAGCAGAAAAUAUCAAAUCAGAAGGCAGUGAAGGAGCAGAAGGGUCUCAGAAAAACUUGCUAACUGGCCCAGAGAGUCAUGAAUCCAGUACAUCUAAACUUCUCCCAAAAGAUGCUGACCUUAGCAACCCUUUGGAAAUCAAAGAGAGAAAAGCCAGUGAUGGAAGCAAAAGCCCAGGUCAAACCCCCAAACCCAGUGGUUAUCUGUCUGCAUAUCAGCAUUCUCCCUAUAAGCAUGCCCAUAUUCCUGCCCAUGCCCAGCACUACCAGAGUUACAUGCAGCUGAUACAGCAGAAGUCAGCAGUGGAGUAUGCACAGAGCCAAAUGAGUCUAGUGAGCAUGUGCAAAGAUUUGAACUCUUCAAACCAGAGUGAACCCAGAAUGGAGUGGAAAGUCAAAGUGAGGAGUGAUGGUACCCGUUACAUUACCAAGAGACCAGUAAGGGAUAGGUUGCUGAGAGAGCGUGCCAUAAAAAUCAAGGAAGAGCGCAGUGGCAUGACCACAGAUGAUGAUGCCAUAAGUGAAAUGAAGAUGGGCCGCUACUGGAGUAAGGAGGAGCGGAAGCAACAUAUUGUGAAAGCCAAGGAACAGAGGAGACGUCGCGAAUUCAUGAUGCAGAGCAGAUUAGAAUGUUUGAAGGAGCAGCAAGGGGCAGAAGAGAAGAAGGAAGUGAAUAUCAUAGAACUGAGCCACAAAAAAAUGAUGAAGAAAAGGAAUAAAAAGAUAUUUGACAAUUGGAUGACAAUCCAGGAACUCCUAACCCAUGGCACAAAGUCACCUGAUGGCACAAAAGUUUACAACUCCUUCCUGUCAGUAACUACAGUAUAAUCUUCCUGUGCCGAAGCUGUGUACAUAAAACCCUACUGUUGGGGUAGAGAUUCCUGCCUCGUUAAAUGUGGCAACACUUUUUUGUUUUGUAUAUAAGACGCGGUCAUCAAUUUUAUAGUUCAAAUACUGAACUUUGGGUGCAGAUUGUUCUCAAAGAGGUGAGAAAGAGUCAUCCACCCAAAAUCUUAAAAGGCAAUACUGAACAGUCAGAGCUUAUUUGGUAUACCAAUAGUACCUUUUUUUGUAACUUGUUACCCUUUUACAUAAAGUGUUUAAAAUAACAGGAAAAACAUAUUAAUCAUACUUACACAGGUAAUUAUCUUUUAAAACUAUAUUCAUAUUUUUUAAAAGGUCACACAUGCAGAAACACAAAUACAACUUCAAAUAGUAUUUUUAACAAAACAGUAUUUUGCAAUAUAUAGUUGCCCUUUUCUCUGCACAAGUUGAUGUUUUAUCAGUAUUUUAGCUGUAACUACCAAACUCUUGAUACAAUUAUUCUGCAGCAUUAUGCUUAUCAAACUGAUUAUAUCAUUGGGGUUAUUUGCACCUACUGUUUUACCUUCUGGGAUAGCAUGCUUGUCCAGUCUGCAACCCGAUAUGGUGACUCAUUAUGUGCUCAGUAAACACCCUGGUUUGGCUGUCUGACAGAACAGUGCUAUUUGAAGUGGUGGCCCUUUGACCAGUGCUGGUCCAUGGCAACUUUUCAGGAAGGAAAAAUACAGUUGUAGCCAAUGGGCACAAAUAUGAUGCUGGCCCCAGACAUAAUGAGCUGAAAUAUGAUACUUGUUCCCCCACAUCAGAUAGCCUAAGAUGCUGUAAAAGGGCACAACAGAAUCAGAGGGCUGUCUAGCAAAUGCAAUAAACUUUAAGUGGGUUGUAUGACUGCUGAAAAUGUCUAGAUUGCUACAACUUGAUUGGAAAGCAGUAAGCAGAGUAGAUCACAGAAACUGGAAAAUGACAUACAGGCUAUAGUACAGAAAAGAGAUGGAGAAUGUGUGGUUAUUCAAAUGUUGUUUGAAUGCAGUUGCCACCAUAACCAUUCAUGAAAGAUGGUGGAAGCUGCAGUCCAACUAGCUCUACAGAUGCAAAUGUUCACCACGAUUAGUAUAGAGAAAGCCAGCCAUCAGGGCAUAUGAGGACAGAGGGUGGCGGUAACCUAUUAUGCAUACAACUCUUGAAGGUUUUGGCUAACAGCUACACCUUUUUAUUUUGUCUCUCUGUGGUUUCUGAAGGAAGUACAUAAGCAGCAGUUAAAAGAGCUGGUGUAAAGUGCUGCACACUGCAGCUUUGAAAGAUUUUGAAACAAGUUUGCCAAAAGGCUGUGGCUUACAGAAAGAAUGUGCAUGUGUGUCUUACCUUUUUACAAGACCGUUUGUGUAAUUUGAAAUGCCCAUUGUAGUAGCUGUCUGCUUGGUAGAUUUGAAUGUAUUGAAACUGAGAGCAGUUUUCAUGAAAUCAUGACUAGUUACUAACAAGUAAAAUGAAGUUAAAAAUAAAAAAAUAAAUUAUUGUUUUAUAUUUCA